AUGUGUUUCGCUUUUGCUGUGUUCUACCUCGGUGAACGCGACACAGCUGUUGCCUGCGAUUCUUUGUAUUACGAUCACAUUUGCUCUACGUUUGUCCACCGUCAUUUAACAGGACCAGGAGCGAGAUUUAUUCUCAGAAUCGAACAUGCGUUUCCAUCUAACAUGGAUUGGAGAGAACGAGUGGUGUGCUGGUCUGUGGAAAGCGCUAUAACUUGGCGAAAAGUUUCUCGUCCUAAUUACCCAGUGACAUUCGUUUGGACCGAAGAUGUCCGGAAUUAUUCCAAGUCAACUGCUAAGCCGUUUCCCUUCUCGGAAAAUCUAGUGAAGCUUGAACAGAUCUCAAUACAAAAUGUGACGAAGGAACAAGAGCAGAUUCUGAAACGAAGCAACAUUCCGCCAGCGUUUUGGCCGUUCGUCAACAUCAGCGCCGUUGAACAGCGAGAACGAAAGCGAAAUGCAACCGAUGGUGGUGUAAUCACCGACGAAGACAUUGCCGACAUGCCGGAUGACGAUGAACAGCCAAAACCGAAUACCAUGCACAGCGAUGGAAAGAAGACAACCAUCACAAUGUCAACAGAAGCAGGAAUGAAACUGUAUCAGCACUGGACUGACCAGGCGGUGUCUGGUUUGAUGGCUGCAGUUGCGACAAAUAAGCUCAAAAACCUAGGACAUGCGGAAAAAGUUGCUCAUAAACAGUGCAAUAAAGAGGUGAAAACAGUGGCACAGCACGCAAAAUGUGUACUUGCAUUGUUAGAAGCUGAGGAGAAGUAUCAGCGAUGGUUGAAAAAGUUUGCAGAAAAGAAAUCAAGAAUUGGAAGAAUCAGCGCCCUAAGGAAGCACUUGGCUGGUAUGUCACGAAAAGAUCGUUUCCAGCAUUUUGGAAGACACGAUUCUUCAUUCCGCAUGAAUGGAAAAGAGCAAUUGCUUGCGAUUCAUCAAAAAUCUCAAAUGAGCAUUCCAAAACUAUACUCCAAACAGAGCAAUUGGAUAGGUCCCUUCAGAAUGCGUGCAAAGCGCUCAACUAAUGAACGAAAAAUUAUGAAUCUCAAGCCAGUGACACGCGAUAGUUACGACCUAAUUAGUGAACAAGUGGAAUCACCUCUGGGUUUAGUUGCGAAAAAUCUUCUACGAGACCUAAGGAAACUAAAGAAUAAGAGAGACGAUUUCAAGCACUGGAAACAAGUGAUCACAGAGCUACGUGAGGAAGGGAGGAGAAUGGAAAAGCAGCGAAAGGGCAGGCGCAACGUCGACAAACGCCUAAAAAUGUUCUUCCAUGCUCUUCGUGAAGAAGGUGUAGACCUCGAAUCUGGAAAGGCAACGAACAUUUUCGGAGAUGAAGUUCGAAUGGAUAAAUUGAUGAGGAGGGCAAGAGAGGAAGAGCAGAAAGUGACCACAGAAGAUAAAUUGAUGAAAGCACCCAUCGAACUCGUUCGUCAAGCCAUGAAAAUCAGUAUGAUGAUGUCCGGAAAGAAUGUCUCAGAUUUCGAUAAGAAGAACAUUAAGAUGAUCUCGCCAAGAUUCAUGCCAGUGGUGCCUGAAGAAUAUACAGACAAUGACACGAUCAAACUAGUAUCACCCUCACUUUUUGCCUUGCACGAUGAUGGUAAUGGAAUUGAAAAAGAGACAAGCUUGGCUAAAACAAUGAAAAUAUUUGGAGAGAAGGACAACAUGGCUUUAUUGGAUUUUAUCAUAGAAGCAUCUGGAGUAUCUGACACAUUGGACGAUAUGAAGAAGGAGAAGAACAGUCUAGGGAAUAGCAAGCAGUACGACAACCCUCUCUACUCCUCGGAGGGACAGCCACUUUGGUUCACUAAAGAAAAUGUGACUGAGAUAUUUGGAGACAAGGAGAAAAAUAAAGUGGAAGCUUUCGAAGAACUUCUGAAGGUCAUGACUGAAGACCAGAUCUCACAGAUGAACCACACAGGAUACACAAUUAUGAAUGAGCAACAGCUCGAUGUGAUCUAUGGGCCCUCAUCACCUUAUCAUGAUCCACUGACUCGCAAAAGACUUUCUAAUGUGUCAGCUGCAGACAUUCCGGUCGUCCUCGAUCAGACCGUCCGAGGGUUGGCCGCAGAAACGAUGAAGUUCAAGGUGGAAAGGCAAAAAGAUAUAACUCUGUCACCAUUACUAUUUUCACCGGUUAUUUUGGAUCCUGCCGGUGCUUCACAACCGAUUAUCCUCUCUCCACUUUUGUUCGAUCCGAUCGUACUGUCACCUGCGGUUUUUGGUGUAGUCAUUCUUUCUCCAUAUUUGUUCACACCAGUCAUUCUUUCACCACGAGUGCUGUCACCUAUUAUUCUGGCACCUCAUCUUUUCUCUCCUACCAUUCUCAGUCCUCUUGUGCUUUCACCUAUAAUUCUGAGCUCAGGUGUAAUGAAUCCCAUUAUUAUAACUCCAUUGCUUCUUUCUCCAUUCAUUCUUCAUCCCGUUGCACUCAAUCCUCUUAUAUUAGCACCCUUCUGUCUUAAUCCAUUCAUUGGUGUUCCUCAUACGCUAUCACCUCUUAUACUUUCACCGUUUGUUCUUUCUCCUGUGAUAUACUCUCCUCCAUUCUAUUCAGCAUUUCUUUUGACACCUCAUGCAUUGUCACCUUCCAUUCAAUCAAAAGGUCAACACUUUGUUUCUAUACUUUCACCUAGCUGGCUCAGUUAA